AUGAAUGUCGUUGGUCCCAUUAAACCCUCCUCCUCUCUUAUUGCGGGUAUCCCAGAAGAAGAAUCUUCUUCGAAGAAUGCCGCAUUCAAACAGAUCCAGCUGUAUGAUGAAGCUCCUCAGGUGGAAAUGAGUCUCGACCAGUUUGAAGUUUACGCCCUGAAGAGACUCAAGGUCCUUCGCAAGCUGGAGCGAGUCAUGAACUCACGUACGGCCAAUUCCAUUGACGGCAAGAAUGCUCUCAAAAAGACCAUUUCCGAAGAGUUGGAGACUCCGGAAUUGGACCAAAUCUCCCAUUUCAUUCUCAGAGCCGCCUACAGUCUAGACGAAGAAAAGCGUCGUUGGUUCUUGACUCAUGAAACGGCUCUCUUUCGAUUCCGUCUCGAACAGGCAGACCAAAAGGUACUCACCAAAUCCUGCAAAAUGUUCCAACUGACACCCCUCCAUCCCAAGGAGGCCCAGGAAAAAAUGCAAUUGCUCAAAAUGCUCUUGCCCCAUGACAACAAUACACGCAGCAGCAAUCAAACAUUCUACAAGGUUCCCUUUACCCAGGCGUUGGAUCUCGUGGCCAAACGACAAUGCAUCGUCGAACGAGGAUUUGCCUACAUUCCCGCCAGCAAGGUCGUCUCCAUUUUGGCCGGCAAGUUUCGCAUGCUAUUGUCGGCCUCCUUGGCGCACUUGGCGCAAAAUGGCAUUUUGGGGGGCAGCAAUAGUAGUGAAGCGGAGCGGUUGCAUCCUCUGCUCCAAAACAUCAACUCGUGUUUGUUGGAAACCGAACCCAUCAGUGAAGAACUCGGCUCUUUCCAGGCAUCCAUGGUGACACCCGGCAAUGUCCCCAAACUGGUCCAGCACAUGCCGCUCUGCAUGCGCACCAUGCAAACGGGCCUCCAAAAGGACAAAAAGUUGCGCUAUCACGGACGGUUGCAGUACGGACUCUUCCUCAAGGGAGCCGGGUUGUCCUUGGAAGAUGCCUUGGUCUUUUUCCAGCGUUCCUUUAGCAACAUGACUGCCGAACAGUGGCAAAAGGAAUACUCCUACAGUAUUCGUCACACGUACGGCAAGGAGGGACAGAAAAAGAGUAAAUCUGCGUACAACUGUUCGGGGAUUAUAAACAGUCAACCUCCGUCUCAUCCUGGCGAUCAUCAUGGGUGUCCCUACAAGGAGUAUGAUUCCGACAAGCUUUCCAAGUUGCUCCAGUCUCUCAAGAUUGGCAGUACUCCCGGAGAUCGUCAGGCCAUUGUUAAUUUGCAAAAGAGCAAGCAUUACAACUUGGCCUGUUUGGAACAUUUCAAGGUGAUGCAUCCCAAUCAGGAAGCGUUGAAGGACAUUUCGGUGGACAAUAUUGGCAAUCAUCCCAAUGCGUGGUUCCGUGCCAGUUUGGCCUACAAGGAGUAUGAAACGGGCGGUGCUGGGGCUGAGAACAAUGAAAAAGAGGGUGCGCUUGUGGCUGGAUCUCCCAAGGCCGUGGCCGAUGUGGCCAUGUCGUCGGCGUAA